AUGCGUUCCUCGGGAAUGCUGCCGGUCCUGUGGCUCCAGCUUCUCGGCCUGGUGCUUAUUUUUGGAGGAGGAGAGUCCGUCUAUUGUCCGGCCGGAUGCAAUUGCCUGGAGCGCACCGUACGCUGCAUUCGCGCCAAGCUGUCUGCCGUGCCCCAAGUUCCGCAGGACACCCAAGUGCUAGAUUUGCGUUUCAAUCACAUCGAGGAGCUGCCGGCGAACGCGUUCAGCGGCCUCCCCCAGCUGACGACUCUGUUCCUGAACGACAACGAGCUGGCCUACCUGCAGGAUGGGGCCCUCAACGGACUCCCGGCCCUGAGGUUCCUCUAUCUGAACAAUAAUCGGCUAAGCCGCUUACCGGCCACCAUCUUCCAGCGACUGCCACGCCUCGAGGCGCUGUCCCUGGAGAACAAUGACAUUUGGCAGCUGCCUUCGGGACUCUUUGAUAACUUGCCGCGCCUGAAUCGCCUGAUGCUGUUCAAGAACAAGCUUACCCAACUGCCUGUGGAUGCUUUCAACCGAUUGCACAGCCUGAAGCGACUCCGUUUGGAUGGCAAUGCCAUCGAUUGCAACUGCGGCAUCUACUCGUUGUGGCGCCGCUGGCACUUGGAUGUCCAGCGUCAGCUGGUGGACAUCACCUUCACUUGUGCCAGUCCCCAGCUCCUGCAGCAACAGAGCUUUGGAAGCCUCUCCGAACAGCACUUCAAGUGUGCCAAACCACAAUUUCUGGUGCCUCCUCGGGACAUACAGGCCUUGAGUGGUGAGGAGGUAGUGCUGAGCUGCGAAGUAACCGGCCUGCCACGUCCCCAGGUCACAUGGAUGCACAACACCAACGAACUGGGAGAAGACCAGACCGGGUCGGAAGUCCUCGCCAGCGGGAGCCUGCUCAUCCGGAGCGUGAGCGCCAGAGACAUGGGCAUCUACCAGUGCAUAGUCCGCAACGAGAUGGGCGAGCUGCAUUCCCAACCUGUCCGUUUGGUGGUCAGUAAUAACGCUGGGGCAGGAGGAGGAGAGCAGGAAUCAGAGAACCAGGUGUGGGCGGUUGCCGGCUCAUCACCCACGUCGUCCUCGUUACCCUCGCCAGUCACCUCACCCUCACCACCGAAAUUUACCCAUCAGCCUCACGACCAAAUUGUGGCUCUUCACGGACCCGGACACGUGCUGCUCGAUUGUGCCGCCUCCGGCUCCCCACAGCCGGACAUACAAUGGUUCGUCAACGGCCGCCAACUGACCCAGUCCAGGCCCGAUCUCCAGCUGCAGGCCAACGGCAGCCUGGUCCUCGUCCAGCCCACCCAGCUGUCAGCCGGCACGUAUCGCUGCGAGGCCCACAAUUCUCUGGGUUAUGUCCAGGCCACCGCCCGCAUCGAGGUGAAGGAACUGCCCGAAAUUUUAAUGCCACCACAAAACCAAACAAUCAAACUGGGCAAGGCCUUUGUGCUGGAGUGCGACGCCGAUGGCAAUCCGCUGCCCACCAUCGACUGGCAAUUCAAUGGCCAGCCCCUCAUCCCCGGCGCCCGCACCGACCUCCUGCUGGAGAACGAAAACACCGAGCUGGUGGUGAGCACUGCCCGCCAGGAGCACGCCGGGGUCUAUCGCUGCACGGCCCGAAAUGAAAACGGGGAGGUGAGCGCCGAGGCAACCAUCAAGGUGGAACGAUCCCAGACGCCUCCGCGCGUCGCCAUUGAGCCGAGCAAUUUGGUGGCCAUUACAGGAACCACCAUCGAGCUGCCAUGCCAAGCCGAACAGCCGGAGGACGGACUGCAGAUUUUGUGGCGCCGCGAUGGCCGACUCAUUGAUCCGAACGUGCAACUGACGGAAAAAUAUCAAAUUAGCGGCACGGGAAGCCUCUUCGUAAAGAAUGUGACCAUCCUGGAUGGCGGACGGUACGAGUGCCAGUUGAAGAAUCAGUUUGGCAGGGCCACAGCCUCUGCCCUCGUCACCAUCAGAAACAACGUGGACCUGGCUCCGGGAGAUCGUUAUGUGAGGAUAGCCUUCGCCGAGGCUGCCAAGGAGAUCGAUCUGGCCAUCAACAACACCCUGGACAUGCUCUUCACGAACCGAUCCGACCGGGUGCAACCGAACUACGGAGAGUUGCUCCGGGUGUUCCGCUUCCCCACCGGACAGGCCAGGCAGCUGGCCAGAGCGGCGGAGAUUUACGAGAGGACCCUGGUCAACAUCAGGAAGCACGUCCAGCGUGGCGACAACCUCACCAUGGAGAGCGAGAAGUACGAGUUCCGGGACCUGCUUUCCCGGGAGCAUCUGCACUUGGUGGCUGAGCUUUCUGGCUGCAUGGAGCACAGGGAGAUGCCCAACUGCACGGACAUGUGCUUCCAUUCGCGGUACCGUAGCAUCGAUGGAACAUGCAACAAUCUGCAGAACCCCACAUGGGGCGCCUCCCUGACGGCCUUUAGGCGAUUGGCUCCUCCCAUCUACGAGAAUGGCUUCAGCAUGCCCGUGGGCUGGACCAAGGGGAUGCUCUACUCGGGCCACGCCAAGCCCAGUGCUCGAUUGGUGUCCACUUCACUGGUGGCAACCAAGGACAUCACGCCCGACGCCAGGAUAACGCACAUGGUGAUGCAGUGGGGUCAGUUCCUGGACCACGAUCUGGACCAUGCCAUUCCCUCAGUCAGCUCGGAGAGCUGGGACGGUAUCGACUGCAAGAAGAGCUGCGAGAUGGCCCCGCCCUGCUAUCCCAUCGAGGUGCCUCCAAAUGAUCCUCGAGUCCGAAACCGUCGCUGCAUUGACGUGGUCCGUUCGAGUGCCAUUUGCGGCUCCGGCAUGACCUCGCUCUUCUUUGACAGCGUCCAGCACCGCGAGCAGAUAAAUCAGUUGACUUCCUACGUGGAUGCCUCCCAGGUUUAUGGCUACAGCAAACCCUUCGCCCAAGAGCUAAGGAACCUUACCUCCGAGGAGGGACUACUGCGUGUGGGCGUCCACUUCCCGCGCCAGAAGGACAUGCUGCCGUUUGCCGCCCCGCAAGACGGCAUGGACUGUCGCCGGAAUCUUGACGAGAACACCAUGAGCUGCUUCGUCUCCGGAGACAUUCGUGUCAACGAGCAAGUGGGCCUCCUGGCCAUGCACACCAUCUGGAUGAGAGAGCACAAUCGGCUGGCCAGAAAGCUGAAGCAGAUAAACCCCCACUGGGACGGCGACACUUUGUACCAGGAAGCCCGCAAGAUAGUUGGCGCCCAGAUGCAGCACAUCACCUUCAAGCAGUGGCUACCCCUCAUCAUCGGCGAGAGCGGCAUGAAGAUGAUGGAGGAGAAUAAGGGAUACAAUCCGCAGCUCAACCCGAGCAUUGCCAACGAGUUCGCCACGGCUGCCCUGCGUUUCGGUCACACCAUCAUCAAUCCCAUCCUGCACCGUCUGAACGAGACCUUCCAGCCCAUUCCCCAAGGACAUCUGCCGCUGCACAAGGCCUUCUUCGCCCCCUGGCGGCUGGCCUAUGAGGGCGGCGUCGAUCCCCUGAUGAGGGGCUUCCUGGCCGUGCCGGCCAAGCUCAAGACCCCGGAUCAGAACCUCAACACUGAGCUGACGGAGAAACUCUUCCAAACGGCUCACGCCGUCGCCCUGGAUCUGGCAGCCAUUAAUAUCCAGCGUGGCAGGGACCACGGCAUGCCCGGCUACAAUGUCUACAGGAAGAUGUGUAACCUGACCGUGGCCCAGGACUUUGAGGACCUCGCUGGGGAAAUCGGUAAUGCCGAAAUCCGCCAAAAGAUGAAGGAGCUCUACGGACACCCAGACAACGUGGAUGUUUGGCUGGGCGGCAUUCUGGAGGACCAAGUGGAGGGCGGCAAGGUCGGUCCCCUUUUCCAGUGCAUGCUUGUGGAGCAAUUCCGGCGCCUGCGCGACGGCGAUCGACUGUACUACGAGAAUCCGGGAGUCUUUACGCCGGAACAGCUCGUCCAGAUCAAGCAGACCAACUUUGGCCGAGUGCUGUGCGAUGUGGGCGAUAACUUCGACCAGGUAACCGAGAACGUCUUCAUCCUAGCCAAGCACCAGGGUGGCUACAAGAAGUGCGAGGACAUCCCCGGAAUAAACCUGUAUCUGUGGCAGGAGUGCGGCCGUUGCAACGACAAGCCGGCCAUAUUCGACUCCUACAUUCCACAGACUUAUACAAAGAGAAGCUCGAGGAAGCGCAGGGAUCUUGAAGGAAAACAAGAGCAUGAUGAGGUGCCCACUGCCGAAAGCUACGACAGUCCGUUGGAGGCCCUCUACGACGUGAACGAGGAGCGAGUGAGUGGCCUGGAGGAGCUGAUUGGCAGCUUCCAAAAGGAACUGAAAAAGCUGCACAAAAAACUGCGCAAGCUGGAAGAGUCCUGCAAUUCGGUGGACUCCGAGCCCGUGGCCCAGGUGGUCCAGCUGGCAGCUGCUCCGGUUACCGUGCCUGUCCAGGGAAAGCAAAGACGAAGCCACUGCGUCGACGACAAAGGCACCACACGGCUGAACAACGAGGUGUGGUCUCCGGACGUCUGCACCAAGUGCAACUGCUACCACGGGCAGGUGAACUGUCUGCGGGAACGGUGCGGGGAUGUUAGCUGCCCGCCGGGAGUGGAGCCAUUAACCUCCGGAGGCCUGCUGCCCACACUGCCCGCAUGUCAAAUGAAUCACCCACAGCCAAAGAAUUACGCAUAUCGACGUACACGUUUAUCCGUAGUAGCCACACUCACUCUAAUCGAAAGCCCAAGAAUCACGAAAUAAAAUUUAACACCCAGCGGCCAUCGCGUUAAGAUCAAGUUUAAUUGAAAAUUAACUAACAAUGUACUGCUACACAUGUAAUAAAAUAAAGCACAUUAAUAUUCAAAAA